UUGACCACUAAGUUUAGAACAUUCCGUCUUGAGUAGCAUCGUCUCGCACGCCAUUUGUAGCCAUGGUUUGACUGCCAAACAUCGUGAAGUUAACGAUGCAGUCAGACCUUGACGAACGAUGUGACAUGAUUUGACAGUCAAAGUCAAGGGAGUUAACAGUCAGAAUAAGUGUGUGUGAUGAAGGAAAAUUCCUGAUGAGAGCACUCUGGCGCACGCAGGCGUUGACCGAAAUUAAUUGCGUAUCUAAAGAUUCUUUCCUGUUUCCAACUCUGUACUAGAAGGUUGAAGAAUGGUUUAGACAUGCGCGGUCCGGCACUACAUAGUAGUUUCAAGAAUAGACUCAUCGAACAUUUGAUUCAUCUCAACCCUGAAUGUUACGAUCCUGACUCUUUUAAUAUGACAAUAGUAUCCAGGAGGCGAACAUGGCAUGAUCUGACACUGCAACUUCACUGUCAUAUCAUAUCCUCACAUGGGUGAGCUCUUGGCCAGCACUGGUGAUGUCUUUAGAUGCGAGAGCGGUCAUCCAACCACUUGCUGAAGCUCAUCACGAUCUUGCCCCCCUCCAGCUAUAUAAGAUAGUCUAAAGCUGCAACUAUUUGGAUUCAGACCAUCACUCCAAUCAAGAUCUUCAUAACUCCAUACACACUCCUAUCAACUUUAUCAAAGCUUCAAAUCUCCAGCAAUGGCUAUCACUGACCCGAUCAUCGUUUCAAAAAAUUUGCCAACAAUUUACCUCGAUCUCCUCCGAGCCGAGAAUGAAGCAGAGGGCAAGAAGUUGCUCGACGCUUGUUGAAGCUAUGGGUCCUUCUAUCUCGAUUCGACCAGCGACCCAGAGUUAUGCAAGCUCUGGGAUGAAAUGCUCCUAGUGAUGAAGCAUUAUUUCGAACAUUCGCUUAAAGUUAAGAAGCAGGACGGUCGAGGGGAUGACAAUUUUGGUUAUGAAGGUAUGGGUACCGAAGAGUGCCCCAAGCCCAAAACAAGAGACGGCCGCGAAUCUCUCAAAAUUUCCCGUCCAGCAUUUCUCAAAGGUUCAGCUUUUAACGUAUUCAAGAGCCCAAGUACCUUGGAUGCGAAUGGGCAGUUUUUGACGGGUAUGACGGCGGAGAACGAAAGGUUUGUGGAGCGUGAUAGUAAGGUGGUAAAGGAUCAAGGAUCGCCUGAGGAUCAGAUUAAAGCGCGUAUCAGUGGCUAGUGAGCAUAUAGCCCUGGUGGCUGGAGGUUCCUAGUUGGUGGAUGAUGUGGCUGGUGAAGCUGAAGUGACAUGAAUAUCUAGAAUCCGAGACAAGAUACGAUAUAUAACCUAUCCCUAGGUC